AUGACAGGCGACAACUCAACAUUCCAAAAAAAUCCGAACAUAUUUAUAUUGAAGAAAGCUUUAAUCAACAAAACAAUCACUAAAUUACAGUUUGAUGUUUACAUGGUUUUGUUAAAUAUUCCAGCGGGAAAAGUCACAACAUACAAGAAUAUUGCAAACAUUGUGAAAUGUAACAGCUCACGUGCUAUAGGACAAGCUUUACGUCGAAAUCCUUUUGCCCCUGAUGUCCCAUGUCAUCGUGUUGUUAAAUCAGAUCUGACUUUAGGUGGCUUCUCUGGAAGCACAGGAAAUAAAACCGUUGAAAGAAAACUCAAAAUUCUACAAAGCGAAGGUGUUGAAUUUCAGCCUCUUAAGGAUAAAAAGCUUGAAAUCUAUCACACAAAAGUUAAAGAAGAACAUAUCUGGAAACAGUCAACAUAA